AUGGCUCAGAUCGGCGAGCUUCUGGGUUUGGCGCCCUUCGGUUUCGCUCCCGUCACUUCAUCUUCUCCUAUGAACAACCAGAGUGCUGGCUCCAAUCGGCCUUUCUUUUGCGACACUGUCGACUUGGGUGACUUGUACGCCGCGAUCCACGUAGUCGUUCUGCCGCCGUCGCCCCAGGCCUCACUCUCUCCCGGAAACACCCCAAAUGGCUCCUCCAAGAACCCCUACAACGGCCACGACGGCACCAACGGCCAUGCUCAGGAUGUGAACGGGCGUCCGAGUACACCCACACAGCUGGACAAGUUCCUGCUUAACCUCAUCAGCGCCGGUGUCGACGAGCCACGUCUUUCCGACUUCGACAUUUCCCUUUUCACCCUCAUCUUUCCAAAAUGCGAAGGUUACGCUGUCCGAUCGAACCUCCUGGAGCACCGCUUGCAGGACUGUCCGAUUCCUAUUGCUCGCAUCGAUGAUCGCCUGAUCGCUCGAAAGUUUCAUGGCAUUUUCUGGGCAAGAGAAUUGACCGCCGCCGGCCCCAGCGCUAACCUCUCCCUUCUCGCCGAGCACGCUGCCGGUGUUGUCCAGUGGUGCGAUGUUUCGAGCGCCCUAUCCAUUCAGGAGCUUCAGCAGCGCCUUAUCAACAUCACCCAGGAAUUGCACCAUAGGCUUCACAAUGUGCCUUGCUUGUUACCUGAUCCCCCCAUUGAGGAAAAAACAGUAGCUCUCGUCAGGGGUCGCCCAAAUCUGAUGACAGGCGGUCCGGUCUACGCUGCUGCCAAAGCACUGGGCCUCAAACUGGUCAUCAUCGACGAAGCUGGGCAUUGGCUUGAAGCUAAUACCAUCGAGAACCGCAAGCUUCGCAAGGCAUUCCUCAGAACGGACAUGACAGAAGACGAAGGACUAGCCGACCGCAUUGUGCAGUCAAUUAAGAGAUACGGCACGCCGGUGGAUGGUAUUUUCACGUUGUCCGAUAACUUCUUUGUCACCGUCGCCAAGGUCGCUGAGGAACUUGGUCUUCCUUGUGGCCCGGUCUCGGCAUUUGAGACAGCGGUCGACAAGUACAAGUCCCGCAUGCUGCAGGACUCUCCUGGUCAUACGGCCCGAGUAACCAGCGUUGAAGAGCUCGACAUCCUCCUCUCUGCGCCAACCGAUGGUUCCCAGCCUUUCUUCACGCCUACUUUCCCCAUGAUCGUCAAACCUACCAAGGGCUGGUCAUCAGAGUGUGUAUCCAAAGUCACCAAGCUCAGCGACCUUACUACCGCCGUCAAGAAGGCGACCACACGUCACGGUUCCGCGGCAGUCAUCGAGCCGUUCUACGACGGCCCCGAAAUCGACGUCAACUUCGUCCUUCUCGACGGCGAGAUUCUCUUUUACGAAAUCGCAGACGAGCCCCCCUGCGAGGGUGACGCCACCGACGCGACCGUCAACGACACCUUCUCGCCCGUGGCCCUCACCCUACCAUCCGCCCUCCCCGCCGACGAACAAGAGAUCGUCAAAGACACCCUCCACAAGAUCCUGCUUGAUCUGGGUUUCCACACCGGCAUCUACCACCUCGAAGCCCGCAUGGUCAACUCCAAAUACGAAUACCGCUCCAUUUCCCCGGGUAUCAUCGACCUCGUCCCUCGCGACAACCUCCCCUUAAGUAAAAAUCCCGAAUGCAAACUCAUCGAAAUCAACGCCCGUCCGCCCGGAUACCGCGUCUCCGUCCCCUCGCGCCACACCUACGGCAUCGAUUACUUUGCCGUGCGCAUGCUCGCUGCCCUAGGCGACAAGGACCGUCUGCGCGCUAUCUCUGUUCCCUUCUCUCAUUACUCUGAAGUUGACGACGGCACACCCGGUGCCGGUGCGCAAUACUGGUCUCGCCUUGUGUACAUUCCUGUUCCGAGGGAUGGCGUCUUGAAGUGGGGAUUCAAGCAGCAUGAGAGCGAGCACAAUGGGUAUGAGAUCAUCAGCCCGUCCGAAGACCUAAAGCUGCGCCGUCCCGAUCUGGCGGGGCAUAUUGUUCUAGCGGUCGAUUAUUAUGAACAUGGAGAGUGGGUGAGCACGUUUACUGAUGGCGCGAGAACGUAUCUGGGACAUGUCCUUGUCAAAAGCACCGUUAGUAGGCAGGAGGCUAUUGAGGUUGGUAAUGCGGUGCUUAAGGCCUACGAGGUCGAUAUUGAUAUUGAGGGGGAGUCUGACUUUGACUUGCUGAGCGACUGA